UCUACACCAGACUGCACGUAACAAAGCAUUGAGAUAGGUUGCGCAUGAGUAAUUAUGAUUAGUAUUGCAGUGUUUACUAAAACCAAUGGUGGUAAUUAAGUGAUCUCCAAUUGGCAUAUGAUAUCGGCCCGGUCUAUAGUUUAAGCUGAUAAUGGAAGGAAACAAACGAGGGCGAUUAGACUCAAAGCAGCACCAUGACAGGAAGUUGUAUUUGUCCAAAAGGCCUAGAGGUGGAAGCCCAGGUCCAUCAUCUAGCAAGAGAAAGGAAUGUUCAAAUGCACUUGUAUUGGACAAUGGUGGAUUUACCAUUAAGAUUGGUUAUUCGAAGGAUAAUAACAUUACUGUUUUACCAAACCACAUAAUGAAAGCAAAGUCAGAAAGGAAGAGAUUCUUCAUUGCUGAUCAAAUUGAGGACUGCAGGGAUUUAUCUGGACUCUAUUAUUUGACCCCCCAUGAUCAUGGAUACAUUUCGAAGUUUGAUGUGCAAAAGAAUGUAUGGGAUUAUACAUUCAACAAAUUCCCAGCUGAUGAUAUGCCAGUAAUAGUGACACAACCCAUUUUUAAUUUUAAACAUAUACAGGAAUAUAUGGACGAAAUUUUUUUUGAGGAAUAUGACGUAAAGACAUUGUAUAGGACAAAUAGUACAGACCUGACAUACUAUCAGUAUAUCACAACUAAGAAGGGACAACAUACAUCUUGCAUUAUUGUGGAUUCUGGAUACAGUUUUACGCAUAUCGUUCCAUAUGUUAAUGGAAAGAAAUAUACAAAUGGCAUUAUUCGUAUGGACAUUGGGGGAAAAUUAUUGACGAACUAUUUGAAAGAUAUCUUGUCCUACAGACAGCUCCACGUAAUGGAAGAAACGUACGUCAUAAACCAGUUGAAAGAGGACACUUGCUACAUGGCUUUGGAUUUCAAGAAGGAAAUGCAGACCGCCAAGACUACAAAUGACAUAGUUAAAAACUACGUGUUACCGGACUUUCAUAACAUUCGUAGAGGAUACGUUCAUGAGGGUGAAGUGGAUAGUCAAUUAGCUGAAAAUUUUCAGAUUUUACGUAUCAACAACGAGAGGAUUUCUGUACCGGAAGUAUUAAUGAAACCAUCAAUUAUACCCGGUAUAGAACAAGCAGGUUUAGCUCAAUGUAUAGCCAAAAGCAUCGCAAAGUGCCCAACGAAGUACAGGCAGCAGAUGGCUGACAACAUUAUACUUGUCGGUGGCAACACAAAUUUCCCCGGGUUUAAGGAGAGAGUAGAAACGGAAACAAGAAUGUUUCUACCUAGUCACCACAGGAUGACGGUAUUUAAACCAGAAGAACCAAUAAAAUACUCGGUGCUUGGUGGAAAGAGCUUCUCUAAGGAUCCUCAAUUCCGCUCGAUGUGCGUGAAGAAACAUGAAUAUGAAGAGCAUGGAUCUAACUAUACUUACAAAAAGUUUAACGAGUUCGUCGAAAUCGAGGAAGAACCGCCAAAGAAAACAGAAGAAGCUCCGUUUAGUUACCUAGAUCAUUGGAAAAAGGAAGGUGUUGACAUAUUUCAGAAAAACGUUAUGAAAGAAGACCCUUCACCCGAUGUACAGUUCAUACUAGAAGGUGAUGACAUCGAACAGUAUGAUGGAAAAUACGUGACAAUUGAAUUUGAGUAUGAAAAGAAACAACCACCGAAGGUAGAAAUUCCGCCGCCUCCGAUUAAACCACCAGACAUCAGCCAACUGAAAGUAAUUAAAAAGAAGAUGAUCGUGCCAAAUUCGCCGCUCGUUUUAAAUUCUAAUGCUACAGUAGUCCGGGCAAGUGACCUACAACCGAUCAGAGCCCCAACAAAAGUAUAUCGUCCAGUCUUUAGAACAAAGCCUGAAAAUCAGAAGAUUACUCAGAUUAUCAGUAUAAACGGUGCGACACCAAUGACCAGCGGUCCCCUUAUUAUACCAAGCACUUCUGGAGGAAAAACCGUAUCUUUAGGCUCAGCCCAACUACUCAACAAUGCUGUCAUCAUUCCACAGAAUAUGUUUGGCUCGAAGAACCUGACUUUGCAAUUCAGGCCCAUUUUCAUGCAGGGUAACAACAUUAUCAUAACCAAGAAGCAGUAAAUAAAUGUAGGCGUGUAUUGUUCUUUCACAUAUUUAUUCUCUUUACUAUAUAAAUGUGCAAAAUAUAAUCGACAGCAGUAAUUUAUGUACAAUAUGGGCAUUCUUUGAUUUCAGAAUGUUCUACACCAUAGAACAUCUAUAAAUUAUAUCAUAUUAAUUACAAUAAAAAAUAUAUU